AUGCACGGGACAUUGCACACCAUUGCCGCGGCUCUAACGAAUCGGAAUCAUUCAAUCUCCCUUUUCUCUCCUCACACCCCUCGCAACGUCCCCGGCAUAGAGGAGGUCUGCCCCCGGAGUCUCUGGGGCUAUUAUGAGGAGCGCUUCCCAAACGUCUUUGAGCUUGACGGCGCCUUGGCCAAUUUGAAGUUUGUCACCGGUGUGUGGCGUUCCAUUGUCCAAUUUUGCACGGAUCUUCUCGCAUCGCCUGAGUUCGAGAGUCUUGUAGAAAAACUGAAAGUUAAAAAAUUCGAUGCCAUCAUAAUCAACGGGUUGUACAAUGACUGUGCUUUGGGAUUCGUUCACGUCCUUGGGAUUCCAUUCAUCUAUGUGAACACUGGCGGUUCUUAUCCGUGGACGGACGAGGCAGUCGGGAAGCCGCUGUACACUUCUUUCGAGCCAUUCAUCUAUUCUUCGUUUGGCGAUCGGAUGUCCUUCCUCGAAAGAGCGGCCAACACGAUUCAGACUCUGGGUACGAAGCUGCUCUUCAAGCUCCGAGUGAGAUGGCCCAUCGAAGCGCUUUGGCGGGCGAGGGAGACUCGCAUCCCCUCCUUCGAUGAGCUCUCGCGUGAAGUCGCCCUUGUUCUGCAGAUGUCGCAUGUUGCCGUCGAUUAUCCCAGGGUGGGCAUGUCAAAUGUGGUCGACGUUGCUGGUCUGCAGUGCACGAAUGCCCGGCGUCUGCCAAAGGACGUGGCGACAUUCCUGGGCGAGUUCGAUGGAUUUGUUGUGUUUUCGAUGGGUAGCAUGAAAGGCUGUCAGAGUCUCCCCUCGCAUGUCAAAACUGCAUUUCAAGUCGCUUUCCAAGACAUGAAGGACCUUGGGUUUGUGGUGCUCGGAGGUGACAUGAAUCUGCGGGGGGAGAACAUCUUUCAUGCAUCAUGGCUCCAGCUUCAGGAUCUUCUUGGUCACAAAAAGUGCAGAGGACUCAUCACCCACGGAGGACGCCAAAGCACGACCGAAGCCACCUGCCACGGCAUCCCCCUCAUCGGACUCCCCGUCUCUGCCGAUCAGUGGUUCCUGCUCCGCCGAGGAAGAAAGGCAGGAGCCGUCGCUGACGUCCUCGACUGGCGACGCGUCUCCUCCCUGCAAGUGUCUUCUGCCCUUGGGAAUCUCUCGCAUCCAGCAAUCCAGGAGAGCGCGAUGCGACAGAAGCAGCUGAUCCACGAUCGCCUUCGUCCCCCCCUGGAAGAGGCGACAUUCUGGUUGGAAUACGUCGCGAAUCACGACGGGGCAGGCCAUCUCAAGUCGUCCAGUCGGCAUCUCGGCUCGAUCGCUCUGUAUUCAUACGAUCUUUUGGUUAUU